AUGGAUGAUGUCGAUGUGGAGUCUGUGGAGUAUGGACCGCAGCCUGCUCCACACAGUCGGGAGCCUGGACGCACCGGUCACGAACUGGAAGUGGUCAAUGUUCACAUGGCCGGCCGUGCCCAGCGCCGUGUAGCUCGACAUGCCGCAGCGGCCCGACUGGACCAGGUCCCAGCAACCGUGAUCUCGGAGGCAGUCUCUGUGGAGGAACCGUUCCAGGCUGUGGUCUCCAGUGAUGAGGAGGUGAUCCUGGCAUCUGCAGACGUCCAGCUGCAAAGCGCGCACCGCAGACUACCUGAACGUUCCAGAAGCAGGCUCCGCGCCCCGGCGAGCAUCGGCCAAAGCGCUGUGGUGGAGCUGGAUCCGCCUGCAGCCGGCUUAGUCAGAAGUGACUUGCCCAGCUUCUACGUCCACAUCUUUGAAUAUGGCGACAUCGCAAGAUGUUGCAGUGCUUGUAGGGAGUUUUUCCUCCCAGGACAGUUGCGUCUUGGGUUUUUGCCAGAAACAGCAAGAGAAAAUGAUGCUGAUGCAUCAGUUUGGCUGCAUGCGCCCCGCUGCAUCCGACGAUCGAAUUUUGCAGUGACCUUGACAGAGACGCUUGCUUUCGCAGCGAGCCUCCCCGAUGCCGUUCGUGCCAGGGUGAUGGAGGAGCUGGGUGCUUCGAAUGCGCGGCAGAGCCAGGCCCGCUGGCCAGGCUCUGCACAGAACAGCGGCGCUUUGGCCACCAGGACACGGCCAUGGCGCUUGCAGCUCCAGCAAGGUCAUGAGGCUGAAGCCGAGGCCGGCACGGCGAGGGAGGCCCGAGAGCCAGUGGAGCCUUGGUCCUUGGUGCGGGUGCCGCUGCCGGUUGCGCGCUCCGAGCCUGCAUCGAGGCCUGGCCUCGCGGCCCGUGCUGCGCGCUCCGCGCUCACAGCAGGCCUGGAGGCGCGCUGGGCCGCGAUUGAUGCCCAGCUGAACCAAGCCGAGAGCAUGGCCGAGGCCGAGAUUGAGCCGGCAACGGAUACCUUCGUGCAGAGACAGGUGGCCAGGGUCGAUGAAGAAAUGAACGAUUUGCUCACAUUGGUUCCUUGUCAAAAGCUGGAGUCUCGUUGCGAGGAGCCGUGUGCGGUGUGUUACGAAGAUAUGACUUCUGGCGACGACGUGCGGCGGCUUCCUUGUUUGCACUACUUCCACAUGGCCUGCAUUGACAAGUGGCUUCGUGUCAAGGCCACUUGCCCACUGGAUAAUCUGAAUGUGCGCGAGCUCAUCCAGAAGCAGGCCCAAUAA